AGUGAAUAGUGUUGCGGUGCCAAAUCACAAGCUUAGCAGGAGACCUGUCCACCAGAAAUAACAAGCGAGUGUCUGGGAGACACAGCAGGACCGCCGCGGUAGUCGUUCGGCUACAAUCCGCCACAAUGACAGAGCUCAGGCACCGCGCGGGCAAAGACACCGACCCGACGCUACAGCAGCAGCCGUCAGAGGACAAGGGUUCAGACAGUGAGCUGAAGGGGGAGAAAGAUGGAUCGUCGGAUAGCGAGGCCAAGGUGGACUCAGGAGUCCCAGAGGUGCCCGUCCCUGCUGACACCCCUGUGGUUCUCAACAAGGCCGUGUCUGGACUCUCCUCAAGAUGGAAGAACUGGUGGAUCCGAGGCGUCGUCACACUAGCCAUGAUUUCCUUCUUCUUCUUAAUCAUCUACCUGGGCCCCAUGGUGCUCAUGAUGAUUGUCCUCAUUGUUCAGAUUAAGUGCUUCGAGGAAAUCAUCAGCAUCGGCUACAACGUGUACCACUCCUACCACCUGCCCUGGUUCAGGACGUUGAGCUGGUACUUCCUUCUGUGUGUGAACUACUUCUUCUACGGUGAGACCGUGACAGACUACUUCUUCACACUGGUGCAAAGGGAGGAGCCUCUUCGCAUCCUCAGCAAAUACCACCGGUUCAUCUCCUUUGCCUUCUACCUCACAGGUUUCUGCAUGUUUGUGUUGAGUUUGGUGAAGAAGCACUACCGCCUUCAGUUCUACAUGUUUGGUUGGACCCAUGUCACUCUGCUGAUUGUCGUGACUCAGUCUCACCUUAUCAUUCACAACCUGUUUGAAGGGAUGAUCUGGUUCAUUGUGCCAAUUUCCUGCGUGAUCUGUAAUGACAUCAUGUCCUACAUGUUUGGUUUCUUCUUCGGCCGCACCCCACUCAUCAAGCUCUCACCAAAGAAGACAUGGGAGGGAUUCAUCGGUGGAUUGUUCUCCACUAUUGUGUUUGGCAUUAUGUUCUCCUAUUUGCUGGCCGGCUACCGUUACUUCGUGUGCCCGGUGGAAUUCAACAACGACUCCAACCGUUUCCAGGUGGACUGUGAGCCAUCCGAGCUCUUCCAGCUUCAGGACUACAUCCUGCCCAACAUCCUGCAGUCCUUCACUGGCUGGACCACGGUGCGACUCUACCCGUUCCAGAUCCACAGCAUCGCUCUCUCCUCCUUUGCCUCCAUUCUGGGACCUUUCGGUGGAUUCUUUGCCAGCGGCUUCAAAAGAGCCUUUAAGAUCAAGGAUUUUGCCAACACCAUCCCGGGUCAUGGUGGCAUUAUGGACCGAUUCGACUGCCAGUACCUCAUGGCCACAUUUGUUAACGUCUACAUUGCCAGCUUCAUCAGGGGCCCAAACCCCACCAAGGUGAUCCAGCAGCUCCUGGCCCUCCGCAUGGAUCAGCAGCUCCACAUCUUCAACUCCCUGAAGACUCACCUGACGGAGAAGGGCCUGCUGCCAGCGCUGGAGGGGGCCGCCGCCUAGAGCCCUCGGACCCCACACCGGCUCGCCCUGAGAGAGAGAGAGAGAGAGACAUCAGAGAGGAGGGCGGUACCCGAGGGCCCCGGCGCUCUGAGAGACUGGCAGUGCUUUUGUGUGCGAUAAAACACAUCGAAGAGAGAGAAAGAAAACAAGAAAACUACAAAAAACUAAAAACUAGUCUUAGGUCAUUCCAUUUUCUGUAGGUAUGAGAGUCGAGUGUGUCUGAAUCGUGUUCCAGUGUUUUCAGGUUGACUUAGUGAGUUACUCUCAAACAUUUCCUUUAUCGCCAACUUGUAUCUAUUCACGCCGGUGAACUAAACGUUGGUCCACUGUACAUUUCUACCUGUAUGCAGGAUAUCCUCUCUAUACCUAUUACUGCGUGUUCACGUGGAGUUGUACUUCUGAUGUUUUUAGUUUCAAUGCACUGCUCUCCACCCCGUUACUCACCGUGUGGUCACUCCAGCUGUACCCCUCCUCCCCACUUUCAGUUUAAAUGUUAUUUGUUGUGAUUGUUUCUAUUUAUACAUCGACCCUUUUUACACCUGGUAUGUCUUCUUGUAUCUAAAUGUUGUGUUUGCUUUAGACUGAAUUCACCGUUUACAUCUGCCACGUCCAUUUCUGUCUUUGUUUUGGUGUUUCUGCUGCCACUCAUUUUUUUAAAAGCCUUUCACUGACAUCACAGUGUCGUUUAUUACCAAAGGACGGCAGCGGUUUGUUGGUUUAGUGCAGUGAGCGACGCUCCGCACUAAAUGUCUCACGUAAACAUACCAGCUCCCCUUUCAGCAGGAUGGUCUCAAUCUGCCCUCACCUGGGGCCCAUUUCACAUUUCAUGGUGAAAGCAGAAAGCUUCUUAGAGAUGAAACACGCAAUUGUUUCUUUAUUUUGUUUUAGAUUCGUUGAGUCUUUCUGCGUUAAUACUUACGUUAUCUCUAGCGAGGAGCUGGUUCAGUGUGUAUGCUCUGCAUUGGUGGAUUGUUGCGUUCUGGUUCGGACGGGACAAGUUGGGCACAAUAAUGGCCUCCACAGACAUGUUCGUCUCUCUGAUGUUCACGGCUUCAGAGCAGAAGGAUGGACUAUCCUGCUCGAGGUGUGUGUGUGUGUGACAGCUGCUGUGCUCUCGCACAUCGGAGGUUUUAGGAUUCUGUGAUAUUUAUACCACUGGCAAAUGUUAUGCUUCAUUUGUUUGGUGGUAAAAUAUUAAAGAUUCUCCAGUGUUGA